UCCAGGGUGAUUUUGAUUUGAACAAUUUUCAGGAUGGUGUCAUAUCAUCUGCUUUCAUGGUUGGGCUUCUUUUGGCAUCUCCAAUAUUUGCUUCCUUAGCCAAGAGUGUUAAUCCAUUUAGACUUAUUGGAGUUGGACUGACAGUCUGGACCUUUGCUACUGCUGGUUGCGGCCUGUCAAUUAAUUUCUGGUCCAUUAGCAUCUGCAGAAUGAUGGUGGGUGUUGGUGAGGCAUCUUUUAUAAGCCUUGCUGCUCCAUUCAUUGAUGACAAUGCCCCAGUUGAUCAGAAAACAGCAUGGCUGGGAAUAUUUUACAUGUGUAUACCAACUGGGAUUGCUGUUGGUUAUGUAUAUGGUGGAUUGGUUGGAAGUCUUCUUAAUUGGCGUUGGGCGUUCGGGAUAGAGGCAUUGCUGAUGCUUCCUUUCGCAAUUUUAGGUUUUGUGAUGAAACCAUUGCAAUUGAAAGGGUUCUCGCACACCGGAUCAAAAAGACCGUCGACUUCUGUGCAGACUUCUUGCACAGAAGCAGUUACUUCACCUUGUCAAGAUGGUUCAUCCCAAACAAGGAAUGAUUCCAUGGAUGAUUCAAAAAGUGCACCCGGAAUUUUGAACCAAUUUACAAGAUUUUGGAUGGAUAUGAAGGUGCUUUUGCUUGACAAGGUCUACGUCGUGAAUAUCCUAGGAUACAUAGCAUAUAAUUUUGUAAUAGGUGCAUAUUCGUAUUGGGGACCAAAGGCUGGUUAUUACAUAUACCACAUGAACAAUGCAGAUCUGAUGUUUGGAGGUAUUACUAUCAUAUGUGGAAUAUUUGGAACCUUAGCAGGAGGUUUUAUUCUGGAUCGAAUGACUAACACGAUAUCCAAUGCCUUUAAGCUUCUUUCAGUGGCAACAUUUUUUGGAGCAAUAUUUUGCUUUGCUGCCUUUUGUUUUAAGAGCUUGUAUGCCUUCAUCGCUCUAUUUGCAAUAGGAGAAUUGUUAGUAUUUGCAACACAGGCCCCUGUAAAUUAUGUCUGUCUGCAUUGCGUCAAACCAAGUAUGAGACCAUUGUCUAUGGCUAUGUCCACUGUUUCGAUUCACAUAUUUGGUGAUGUGCCUUCCUCUCCUCUUGUGGGGAUUCUCCAGGAUCACAUUAAUAAUUGGAGAGUUACUGCUCUAAUCCUCACAUCCGUUCUGUUUCUGGCGUCUGGAAUAUGGGUUAUAGGGAUCUUUCUUCAUAGUGUUGAUCGAUUUAAUGAAGAAAAUGAGCUUCAAGUUAGUGUUACUGACAGAUCAAACACAAUUCCACUACUUGGGGAGACAACUCAAAGUCUUUGAUAAAUCUUUGAUUUUCUCUUUUAUCAUUUUCUUUUGGGACUUGCAAAAUUGCUAUGUAAUUUCUUUGAUACUUAUCUAUCUUGUAUUUAGAUUCUGUUUAUGCAUCAAGGGAAGCUUCUUGUCUCUCUC